UCUUCUUCUUCUUCUUCUUCUUCUUCUUCUUCUUCUUCUUCCUCCUCUUCUUCCUCCUCCUCCUCCUCCUCCUCCUGCUCCUCCUGCUCCUCCUCUUCCUCCCCCUCCUCUAGACCUUCUUCCCAUCCCAACACCAACACCACUAGCAACACCAACGGCAGCAAUAAUGCCUGCUGCCCCCUCCACCAAACCGACUUCCUCCACCUCCUCCAGCACCACCACUACCACCACCCCUCCUCCUCCCCCUCUCUCUCCCGUCUCUGGACACAACUAACCACCGUCCCGCCCUGGGUCUCCUACCCGCAAAUCGCGCGCGGCCAAGCCGUGUUCUACCGAUACGCCGGGCCCGCCAUCACCUCGUUAACCUUCCAUUCCCUCUUAGGGGGGAUGGCUUCAGCCCGUGUAGUCGAAACCCUAGCGAGAACGGGUGGGUUCGGGACGAGAGUCGCGAGAAGAAGACUGCUGGAGACGUUUCAGCAUAUUCUGGAUGUCACGGAGGGAGUGGAGUCGAUGAAGCCUCCUGGUGGGAGGGGGUGGAGGAGUACGGUGAGGGUGAGGUUUUUGCAUGGCAUGGUGAGGAGGCGGAUUUUGGGGUUGAGUAAGAAGAAGAAGGAGGAUGGACGGGGAGGAGGAUACUAUGAUGCUGAGAAGCUCGGAGUGCCGAUUAAUGAUUUAGACAGCAUCGGCACCAUCGCCUCUUUUUCCUCGGCCCUCAUCUGGAUGGGUUUACCGAGACAAGGCAUCUUUUUGACUUCUCAAGAAAUAAAAGAUUAUCUGGCGCUGUGGCGGUACGUGGCUUAUCUUAUUGGUGUACCGGACACCAUCACCAUCACCAUCCCUUCUUCGUCCUCCGAUGGUCAUAGUACCCAAAGAAAAAUCACGCCUUUCGGAAGCGCUCAGGAAGCUAAGAUGGUGAUCGAGUCAAUCAUGCUCUCGGAACUCAGCGACCCCAGCGAGACGUCAGCUGUUCUGGCCAACAACAUCAUCGCCGCGCUGGCGAACCAGCCACCGCUGCGCAGCUCCGCGUCCUUUCUCAGGGCGCAAGCGUACUGGUUAAAUGGCUCCAGCCUAUGUCAGACUUUAAAAAUCCCCAAGCCGCCGGUUUUUUAUAAAAUGUUGGUAGGCAGUCAGUGUUCGUUCUUUAUGGUAUUUUGUUAUCUGCGGCAGAUGCAUUAUUUGUUGUUGCGUUGGGUUCCUCCGUGGGACAGCAACGAAAAGAAUGAUGAAGAGGGUGGGGUUACUGCUGGACAAACACAGGAACGAUACAAGAGGGUGAGAAGGCUGAUGAGGAAUGUGGUCGUUGAGAUGGCUGGGGGGAAGGAGGCGGAGUUUGGGUUUGAGUGGGUGCCGGAAAGGGGGAAGUAUACGGGUUCUGAGAGGGGUGAGGAGGAUGAAGAAGAAGGAGAUGGGAAGGGGAAGGGGAGGUUGAGAAGGAAGGGUUGGUGGGAAUGGAUUGUUAGCAGGAAUGGUGGCUCGGAGUUCAGGAGUCUGAAGACGUUUUUGGUUGCGAGUACAGUUGUCGGCUGUCUGGUCUGGAUUGGAGUUAGGGGGUUGUUAUUUGGGACGAUGCCUUUGUUUCGUCGAUGAUGGUUUAGGCUGAAGACCUUUGGGUUGGCGUAUUGCUGGGUUUUGGAAUGCAUUGGGAGUUAAAGGCGUUGUCAAAACUCGGGUCAAUAAUCAUGAUAUCGGAGGGACUGUGAUGAAUUUACAGAAGUAUACCAACGAAAGGUGGACGAGAUGGCUCGAGCCAUAGUCGGUUGUCUACCAUUCACACCUGUCAUGUCACUAUCAAAACAACAUAGAUAUUUGCAUGC